GACGUGCAGCCCGGCUUGACAAGCUCUGCAUCCUCAGGCUGGUCGUGGGCUACCUGAAGGUUGAAGAGCUGCUUUGCAGAGGCCUCAUCCACCAGGGCGGCCUCGGGCCCGGGGUCCCCAGGGCGGCCCUCGCGGGGCGGGCGUCAGGACGGACACGGGCCGCCGCCGGCAGAGCACAGGACUGGGCGGGGCCUGCGCGGGCCGCAGCGGGACGGGGCGGCGGAGCACUCGGCGGCCGCGGGCACGAGGGCCCCAGAGCGCGGCGCCCCGGGGUGGAGGCGCCUCCGCAGCAAGCCGGCGGGACCCAGACGCGGCCGCUCGCGCCCCCCACGGCACCCACGGGGGACCCCGACUCGUCGCUCCCCAAGGCGGCGUCUGCGCUGCGGGCUGCGUCCUCGUCGCUGGAACGAAGCCGCCGCAGGAGCCGCCGAGCCCCCCGCGGCUGCCCUCGCUCUCGACCCCUGCCGGCGCCAGAGCCGCGCUCCCAGCAGGCAGGGGCUCCGCGACGCCGGCACACGGGCCCAGGCACCCGCGGUGAGCGGAGCCCGCGCCGACCGAGGGACACCGCGGCCCGCAGGACGAGGGGCGGAGGGGAACGUCCAGGGGGCCCCGCGUGGGGUCGGGCUGCCGGGCACGGGGGGGGCACCUUGGCGGCGACCAGCGCUGACACCGGGUCUGGGCGAGCGGGUCCGACGGGUCCUUCCGACGUCGGAGAACUCCGGGGCGUCACGGGAGGUGGUCGCCGAAGGGCGGGGCGGGAGGACGGGCCGGGCACGCCCCGGGCGCUGGGGGAGGCCGGGGCAGCUCGUGGGACACCGCGGGGCCGGGGCCGGCCGACCGGGGCAUCUCAGGGAGACCGGGUCAGGCCCUCGGCCCCAGGAUCCGGCCGGACGAACCCGGAAAUCAUGUGCCCUGGGCCAGGCCGCACGCGGGGGCGGGCCCUGCCGGCGGCUCAGGGGUCUGGCCCCGGCCCCCCGCAGGCGGCCCGGCGUGGUCGGGCCGCUGGGCACGCGGACACCUCCAGCCCCGGGGGAGGGCUCCGGCGGCGGCGGCGGCGGCGGCGGGCAGCCAAGGGGACAAGCGCCGCCCUCGGCCGGGGUGGGGCGCAGGGAGCCGCGGGCGGGCGGGGGCGGGCUGCACGGCGGGGCCCCUCACCCUGCGCCCCCGAGGGCCGAGGGCCAGGGCUUCCCCCGACGGUCCCGGCUCCGCCCCACUCCCGGGGCUGCAGGCGCGGGCCUCGCCGGGCGCUCGGGGUCCUGAGGGCGCUGAUCCCGGCGACGCGCCCGCCCCCGCCCUCGCCCCAGGCCCGUGCUUCGCGGCGAGGACACGGGCCGCCCGACAGGGACGCGGAACCACGACGCAGCAGCCACGGCCCGACCCACGGGGAGCCGCGGCCGCCGAGGAGCGUCGAGGUACGGGCGGCUUCGUCCCACCUGCAGGCGGCGGCGGCCGACAACCGCCACAGCCGGGCACGCGGGGCCACGCGGGGGGCAGGACGUGCCGGAGCCGCGCCGCCGUCCCCGUCCCCGUCCCCGGGGGGCCCCGAGGGCCGCUGCGCCGGGGAGGGCUCCCGCGCGGCCACGGGCGGGCACAGGGGGCGUCCGGGAGGCCGCCGGAGGCAGACGGGUCCGCGGGACGGGCGCGCCACGGGCUGGGGGCCCAGGUGCCUCCGCCCGCACAGCUCGAGCGGAGGCCGCGUGCUCCCCCUGCCCGCCCCGCGGCGAGGCCCCGAGCUGCUCCGCCGCCCGGCCGGAAGCCAGGGCUCCACGGGGCCUCCGCGCCUCCCCUGCUGCUGCCCCGGAGCCGGAGCCGGAGCCGGAGCCGGAGCCGAGCCGAGGAGACCUCGCGGGAACUGCCGUCGGGACAGCCUCAAGCGGAAACCGGCCUCACCCGGCCCAGGGCGGCAGGAAGCGCCAAGACUUCCGGGCGGGCCGCCGCCACGCUCAGCCAGUGAGAAGCCGCCGCCAUCACCGGCAGCCAAUGAGAAGCCUCUGCCACGCUCAGCCAAUGAGAAGCCACCACCAUCACCGGCAGCCAAUGAGAAGCCUCUGCCACGCUCAGCCAGUGAGAAGCCGCCGCCAUCACCGGCAGCCAAUGAGAAGCCGCCGCCGCGCUCAGCCAGUGAGAAGCCACCGCCAUCACCGGCAGCCAAUGAGAAGCCGCCGCCGCGCUCAGCCAGUGAGAAGCCGCCGCCAUCACCGGCAGCCAAUGAGAAGCCUCUGCCACGCUCAGCCAGUGAGAAGCCGCCGCCAUCACCGGCAGCCAAUGAGAAGCCGCCGCCGCGCUCAGCCAGUGAGAAGCCACCGCCAUCACCGGCAGCCAAUGAGAAGCCGCCGCCGCACUCAGCCAGUCGACACUUUCCGGCCUGCGAAUCCUCCAGCCCUGCCUGGGAAGCGGAGAACCCAGCUCGAAGACUAUCUUUCCUCUCACGGAUCUACGUGGCGCCCCUCGCCCGAGGAGGCCGUUAACCCCGUGACCCGCCCUAAGUCACUAAAAGCCAUUUUCGUGGGCUCCGGGGCCCCGGAAGCGACCAGUAAGGAAUUCUGUUCUUCAAAAACCGUUUCUGUUGCUCAGAAGCCAGUUUCCAUCAGAUGUUGAUUUGGGCUUUGCAGACUGUAACCCACGCCCUGGGUUUCCUGACAAAACACCGUGUUCUGGAGGACGCGAGUCCCAAGGAGUGGACCCGCCCCCCCCCCGGCCGGACCCCCGGGCGGCCUCGCGCUACCGAACUGUGCCCGUGUCAGGUUGUACUUGAGAAAAGUGCAAGACAUUUUUGAAUAUUUUCUGCGGAGUUUCAUGAAUAUGCUUUUGCGACGACUUAAUGUGAAUCUUUUGUAACCUGCCAGUAAUCUUAAUGUGCGACCAUACUGUAUUAUCAGGCUUGUAAAAUGUAUGGACUAUAAAAA